AACGAAGAAAACAUUUUCAUUGUAUAUUUUGAUAAAUUUCGAAAAUAAUAUCUAACCAAUGGCUGCUUGAAAUAGGUUAUAUUUAUUUAGUCGCUGCACGGCGAUUGGUUAGCAUUGCAUUAGGACUGUGAUUCGUCUAGAUGUGUCUAGAUGUCGUUACAAAAAGGAAAACUUACUAUAUACCAGCCGAUCAUCAUCGACUGUUCUCUUAUCUAGGCUUUUCGCGCACUUGAUCGUCGUCCACAGUGACACUUUAGAGUUUAAAUCGAAAAUAUUAUUUUCUGUAAUUUUAUAUCGUAGAUUUUAGUCAUUCCUCGAUGCUGCUAUGGGAUUAAUUGAGAACUUAUUUUUAUAUAUUUUCUUAAUAGCCGCAUUCGUCGUCGUCGUGUUCUGUAUAAUAUUGCAUAUAACAACGCAACCUUAUCCAAAAUUAUGGCGAGACGAAAAGGAAAAAGUCUUUUUCAAUCACAAAAGGAAGGAGUAUCAAGAUUUUCCUUCGUUAUACAAUGACUGGAGCAUAAAUCUAAGUGUUAUUGUACCUGCUUACAACGAGGAGGAAAGACGUAAAGAUUAUAAUAUUUUGUCGCCAAUGUUAGACGAAUGUUUAAAAUAUUUGGAACAAUUAAAAAGAUCCGGCCAUAGUUACGAGGUAAUAAUAGUUAGCGACGGAAGUACAGAUAGAACUGUAGAAGUUGCUCAAGGUUAUGCUUCCAAAUACGAUACUGUCAGAGUAUUGGCUCUUGUUAAAAAUAGGGCGCAAAAACGUCAUUUCAUUACUCAGGGUAUGCUGAGCUCAAGAGGUAGCGCGUUGUUGUUCGCAGAUGCCGACGGGGCUACUAGAUUUGCUGAUCUAGAAAAAUUAAACGACAGUUUAAGAAACACAUUAGGAUUUGAUUAUUUGUCUAAGCCAGAGGACGUAGCAUUAUCGCAUGCCGUAAUUUGUGGAUCGAGAGCUCACUUAGAGAAGGAGGAAACCGCCAAACGCUCUUUCUUUCGACUAUUUCUGAUGCACGGAUUUCAUUUUUUAGUUUGGUUCUUGUGCGUAAGAGGUAUUAGAGAUACGCAAUGCGGUUUCAAAUUACUAACAAGAGAGUCUGCAAGAAGCAUUUUUCAAAAUUUACACGUCGAACGUUGGGCAUUCGACGUUGAAAUGCUUUAUAUCGCAAAACAUUUUAAUAUCCCUGUGACCGAAGUUGCAGUAAAUUGGACAGAAAUAGAGGGAUCAAAGAUAGUACCAUUUUGGAGUUGGCUACAAAUGGGCAAAGAUUUAGUUUUAAUUUGGCUCAGGUAUAAAAUCGGUGCAUGGAAAAUUGACGAUAUUAAGGAAAAUUAAUGGAAGGCGCAAUUUUAAAGCUGACAAAAGGAAUGCUUUGAGGUUAUGAGUGCACCCUAAUAUUCAUGCGCGUGCAUUUUCAAUGGUCUGUAACUGGAAACUUUUAAUUCAUUGCGAUUUUUUACAAGAGAGUGUACUAAUAAAUAAUUGUAAAAUUUA